CAUUGCAACUUUUUUUCCAUUAUGCCUCAAAGUCAACUCAAGCACCUUCAGUCCUUCCAUGGACUAUUCAGGGCAAGCAGCCACAGCAAUGGCCAUUCUUCAAAAAUUCCAAACUAUGCCUCAACUAUCCAUCAUGGAGAUGUCUACAAUGCGCAUCAUCAAGGGCUCAAUAAGUUCCACCAUGGCACUCCAUCUGUUCAUUCAGGUUCGGCUAAAUUAAAUGUAUUCUCCAAACUGUCAUCUUAUGGUCAUGGAUAUGAUUCUGGAAAACAUCUAAGCCACAAUCAUGAAGGUAGCUUUAGCAGUUUUUCGAGUCACAGUGGCCACAGUGGUUGGAAGAAUGAUGGCUUGCUCAAUGUUAAUGAGAAGGAAACCAUGCAACUCCUUAACGAGAGAUUGGCAUCUUACCUGGAAAAGGUCCGCUCACUGGAACAGGAAAAUGCUAACUUGGAGAAGAAGAUCUGUGAAUGGUAUGAAAAAUAUUCACAUGAAGUUCUGCCUGACUUUGAGCAUUAUUAUAAAACUAUUGAAGAACUUCAGAAUAAGAUUACAGCAUCCAAAGUGGAAAAUGCAAGAAUUGUACUUGAGAUAGACAACGCAGGAUUGGCUGCUGAUGACUUCAGAAACAAGUAUGAGAUGGAAUGUAGGCUGAGGAGCAACAUUGAAGCAGAUGUGAAUGGUCUUCGUAGAAUUCUAGAAGGACUAGCCAUUGAGAGAAAUGACCUAGAGAUGCAAGUUCAGAACCUUCAGGAAGAACUACAGCAGAUGAAGAAAACUCAUGAAGAGGAAGUGACGAGUUUACGUACUCAGCUGGGAGCCAGGAUCAAUGUGCAAGUGGAUGCUGCCCCAUCUGUGGAUCUUAAUAGAGCUCUGUCUGAUGUCAGAGAACAGUAUGAAAACUUGAUGGAGAGAAAUCUGAGGGAGGUUGAGAACAUGUUUCUUACAAGGAGUGAAGAGUUGAAUCGUCAGGUGACAUCUGGUUCAGAGCAGCUACAGUCUGUCCAGACGGAUGUCAUUGAUUUAAAACGUUGCAUACAAACUCUGGAGAUUGAACUGAAGAGCCAGCAGAGCCUGAAAUCAGCUCUUGAGUGCACCUUGGCUGAGACAGAGGCAAGCUUCCAAUCUCAGCUCAAUCAGUUACAACAUAUGAUAGACAAUGUGGAAGAACAACUAGUUCAAAUACGAUCUGAUCUAGAACAUCAAAUUCAUGAAUAUAAAAUACUAAUGGAUCACAAGGCACUUCUGGAGAUGGAGAUCGACACUUAUAAAUCCCUGAUGGAGGGUCAUGACAUACAUGUCCCAGAAAACAAACACAAAAUGAUGAAAGAAAUGUCCAUCAACAAUGCAAAGCAGCAUGUGACUACCCACCAUGAUCUCGAACAUGGAAAAGCUGUGCCUUCUCCAGAGCAUGAAAUGCAGAACAAGGGAUGCGUCUAGAGCAAGGAUAACACAGAAGACAUUUAAGUUUGCGUAGAAUAGAUAGAUGAUACAAAGCAUUGCUUAAAGCUGAAAUUAGUAAAUCCAUGUUGAGUCUUUUGUUCAAUCUCCAGCUAACCUUUACUUAUUCUGUAGAAUCUGUAAAACAAUAUGGACUGCAAACAACUGCAUUGGGUAAAAAGUAUUUGGUGUGGGAAACGAUUCUGUUUUGGGUUUUCAUUUAAAUAAAAACUACAACACAGCUGAA